UCUCUCAAAGCGCGAAUGUUCACACUGCCGGUUGUCAGUCUACCUUAUCCAACGAGACCUUGUGCGCUUAGCCAAGAUUAUAUAAAGGCUAUCUUCGUGAGGAGAUCAUUCAAAGCAACUUUAGACAAGAUGUUACUUCGCGUGUUUAAUCUAAUCAGUUUUGCAGCAUUCGGAUUAUGUGUGGCAAAGGAACAAAUGCUUCCUGUAACCAUAUGCCAUCGAGAUGCGAUGGAUUAUUCUACCUGUUUAAGAGAUGCAAUACAAGAAGCAUGGCCACGAUUUAUUCCAGGACUUCCGGAAUUCAACUUUCCUCCCAUAGAUCCUGCGUUUUACGAUCAUCAUUACGCCACUUACGAUAAUGGAGAAUUACACAUCAGUGCUCACUCAAUCAAUAGUACUUUCAUCGGUCUUAGAGACGUUCGCUUCUUGGAUGUAAAAGCAUAUUUUACCGACAAUAUAUUCCACUUGGAAAUUGUAUUUCAAACGCCACAGGUCAGUUUAGAGGGCCUAGCUCAUGUGGUUGGCAGGGUGGGUCCGUUCGGAAUAAACAGCACAGGACACUACAAACUAGUUGCAACAGACAACCUACUGAGAUGGCAUAUAUUGGGGCCUGUAGUAAAUGACAGAUGGAUCGUAGAACGUUUUAUUCUAAGUCCAAGAAGAAUUAAGAAAGUAGAAACAUACUUGACUGGUUUCCUCGGCAGCGAAGAACUCGAUAAGCUCUUCCAAGACUUUACAAACGAAUAUUGGCCGGCGAUAUUGCGAAUAGUAGCACCAGUUGUUACCAAAACGGUGGAGCCGAUGUUUGUCGAAACUACCAAUUGCUUAUUUUCGAAUGUUUUUUUCUCAAAAGUAUUUCCGAAAUAAAAUGCAGAAAUUUAUUAAACAUGAAGAGAAAUGACAAAUCAUGCGAUAUCUCUAAGAACAUAUUCAACUUUGUGUAUAUACUGGGUAAGAUAACCUAAGUUUUGUAAAUCUUGUAUAGAUACAUGGUGCUCCAGACUUAUCGUAUAAUCCGUUAAUGGUAGAUUCCCGAACUCAUUUGGAGAAAAUCCUAAUAUCAAAAACGAUCCUUUAUUCAACUCGAUAGGAACAAUAACAAAAAACUAUUGUCAUCACUAUUAUUAUCAUCACUAUUAUUCGUCGGUUUUGUGAACAAAGAAAUAAUUUCGAGUGUCAUUGUUUCUAUCAAGUUGAGUGAACUAUUGUAGAAAGGCUCUUUUGAUAUACGAUGUAACGAUUAGUUUCUUCGUUACUUUAAAUAUAAGGUUCGGGGCUCGAGAUACGAACAAGAGGAUGGUGACGAAAGAUUAUCUGUUUCAAAUUAAAAUAUUCAAAUUCCGUGAGCAGAGGAGAACAAUUAUAUUUUUGUUAUACAAUACUUAGAAGCGAGGAAAUCAUUGUACAAGUCGUGUCAUUAUCCAAUAUAAAAGUGCGGAAAUCAUAUUACAAAUCGUGUUAUUAUCCAAUACAUAAAAGCGCGGAAAUCAUAUUACAAAUCAUAUUAAUACUCAUCUGAGUUUUCGAAUAAAACGGAGCGCCUGAUCCCUCGUUGGCUCUUUCACCUGCUUAAGGGUCCUUUGACUCGGAAAUUGAUCCCUCGUGUUUGCUGAGAGAGUGCUGAUUAAUUAGUUAUCGGCCAAGUCCAAUCCUUUCCAGGAUACGGCGUCAAUAAUGAUACUCGUUGCGAGCUAAGUCAGAGCCUCGAUAUUCCAAUGGAAUAGAGUCCAAACGGCUGUCCAUAAUGGCUGAUAAUACGUCGUUGUAGAAUUGCUGAGAAUGGUGUUGUCUUCUCAGGACCCCGAAACGAGAGAGGACGUGGCAGGCGAUUACGCUCCUUUAUCAAUAUCGAUCGACGAUCGAUAUACAUGCGCAGAUAGGACUAUUCGUCUCGCAUGCGCAGUAGAUCGAUUAGACAGUGCUGUCAUAGGCCGUACUGGCGCGCGCUAUACAAAUAACUAUAGUGUCGAAUAGACUCACGUCUUACAACGAUAUCCCUGAGCGCGCGACAUUUUGACAAGUUGAGUGGUGAACUUUUAACCAUUCCCGUUUAAAAACUAUAGGACCGAAACAUUUUGAUAUUAGAAUUUUGGUCUCGAAAUGAACUACCAUUAACGACAGGUCUGGGACAUCCUGCAUAUGUAUGCUUUUGUAAGAUUCUUAGCUGAGCGGUUGCUAGGACAAUUAUUACGUGAAUCAGAUUGAGUAGGAUAUUCUUAAAUAAGACACUUUCGUAUAAGUGAACAAACAACAAAGCGUAUAUUUCAAUGACAAAUAUAAGUGAGCGAACAACGAAGCGUGUAUUCAAACGACAAAGAUAAACGACUACAAAUGACUCCCGAAAUCACGUCUGACCGCGAUAACGUCUCGAAGGAGAGUGUCGAAUAAUAUCGGAGCUCGGAUAUUCGUCCUAUUUUCCUUUGUUUGCCUACUUCUAUUUCUAUAUACAUCUAUAUACAUUGAUCCAGGGCCGUAUCCUUCUCUUUGUUGUUGUGUCAUAUAUAUGUAUGCAUAUGUUAUUGACUCCAGUACGACGAGGAAAACGACUAGAUAUUUUAAAUACAUGAAACGCAUUUCGCGAUAAAGUGUUGGAUAAGGUAGAUCGAUCAAACCAAGGAGUGAAUAUUCACGAUUUGAGAGAUGACGUGACGAUCCGCGCUAUAAGCAAUUCCACGAGUGACAAUCCGCUUCUAGUAUAAUUAAUUUUACUGUCUUUUAUAUUAUUGUUAAUAGUGACAAAUAUAAUAUUGUUUUUAUAUCAAAUGCCAUGCUUGAUUUGGAAAUCUUUAUGGCUUAUUACUUCAAACGCAACGUACUUGCAAAAAUACUAUAUUUGAAGUUUUG